AUGCUUUUUCUGCCUUAUCAUUGUUUGGAUCUGUCCAUUAUGAUGUUCGUCUCUGGAGAGACUGCCGAGCCUUCUGUUGAGACUACUACCUUGAUUGAAGAAAUCGUCCGCCAACAGGUCGUGGAAAUUCUCGUCCGCAGCACGCAGCUAGCGACUCGUCGUGGAGUCCGCUCCAUUUCAACUGAUGACUUGAUUUUCCUGAUUCGGCAUGACAAAGCCAAAGUCUCACGGUUGAAGACCUUUCUUUCUUGGAAAGACGUUCGUAAGAACGUGAAGGACUCCGACGACAAGGGAGGCGCGGACGCGGCCGACUUUGCCGGCGCCGACGACCCUAUCGCUGGCGGCGUCGUGGCCGGACCGCAGGAUGUUGCGUCAAAGCCCAAGAACAAGAGGGCCCGCGUCGGUCUAGCGUGGGACGUGAACAGUUUCUAUUCGGUGCAGGUCCCGGAACGGGAAGACGAAGAAGACGAAGAGGAGGAAGAACAGAACUAUGCGACGCUCCAGCGUCUUGCGGCGGCGGACGAGCGCACCAAAAACAUGACCAAGGAAGAAUACGUCUUCUGGUCUGAAUGUCGCCAGGCGUCCUUUACCUAUCGCAAAAGCAAGCGUUUCCGGGAAUGGGCCGGUUUUGGUAUUGUGACGGAAUCGAAGCCUAACGACGACAUCGUGGACAUCCUCGGAUUUCUUACCUUCGAAAUCGUUCAAACCUUGACAGAGGAGGCUCUCAAGGUCAAGGAGCGUGAGGACCGCGAGAAGAACCGUCGCGGGGGAGCCGAGAAUGGCGCCGGCGAGAAUACGAAAAAGCGCAAGCGCGAGACUGGUCUCUUCGAUCCGCCCGAGGAAGGACGGACGCCCGUCGAGCCGAGACACAUCCGAGAGGCUUAUCGUAAGCUCCAAGCUACGCCAAACAAGAAUGUUGCGAUGCUCUUACACAACGGACGGACGCCCGCGCGCAUGCCCCUAAGACUGAUCUAG